AUGAAGCACUCUUCGACAAGGAAUGUCAUUGAGCACGCCUUCGGUGUUCUUAAGGAUUGUUGGGCAAUUCUUCGUGGGAAGUCAUACUAUUCCCUGCAAAUUCAGUGUUGCACCAUGCUAGCUUGUUGCUUGCUUCACAAUUUGAUAAACAGAGAAAUGACAUAUUACGACGAUGUUGACGAGGGAAACUCCGCGUACGUGACGACCAUCGCUACAGAAGACAUUCACUACAUUAAGACAACAAACGAGUGGUCUCAGUGGCGCGACGAACUAGCUAAAUCAAUGUUCACAUAUUGGCAGUUGCAUAACGCUUAG